AUGAGACUGCUGGAGAAACGGAACUCGCCUGGAGAGUUAGGGGUGGGGCCCGCCCGCACCCCUGCCUCCCCCGGGGCCGGCCCUCUCCCCUCCCGCGGGAAGGGCUCCCUCCAGCCCCCUGCGCGGCCCUUCCUCGCUCUGCUGCUUCUGGUUUCCGUCAAGCAAGUUACAGGAUCUCUCCUUGAGGAGACAACUCGAAAGUGGGCUCAGUACAAGGAGAAGUGCCUGAGAGACUUACUCAAAGAACCUUCUGGCACAUUUUGUAACGGAACCUUUGAUCAGUAUGUCUGUUGGCCACAUUCUCCUGCGGGAAAUGUCUCCGUCCCCUGCCCUUCCUACUUACCUUGGUGGCGUGAAGAGAACUCAGGAAGGGCCUACAGACGCUGCCUGGCUCGGGGCACUUGGCAGACUCUGGAGAACUCCACGGAUAUUUGGCAGGAUGACUCCGAAUGCUCUGAGAACCACAGCUUCAAAGAAAACGUGGAGCACCAUGCCUUGCUGUCGACCUUGCAGCUGUUGUACACCGUGGGCUAUUCUCUCUCCAUAGUCUCCCUCCUCCUGGCUCUCACUCUCCUCCUGUUUCUUCGAAAACUGCACUGCACACGCAACUACAUCCACAUGAACCUGUUCGCGUCUUUCGUCCUGAGAGGCCUGGCCGUGCUGGUGAAGGACGUCAUCUUGUACAACUCCUACUCCAGGCGGCCCGACAACGAGAAGGAGUGGGUGUCCUACGUGUCCCAGAUAUCUGCCUCCUGCCGCUCGGCCCAGGUUCUCCUGCACUACUUCGUGGGCACCAAUUACUCCUGGCUUCUGGUGGAAGGCCUUUACCUCCACACGCUGCUGGAGCCCACCAUGCUUUCUGAAAGGCGGCUGUGGCCCACAUACCUGCUGGUGGGUUGGGCCUUCCCACUGCUGUUUGUCGUGCCCUGGGGUAUCGCCCGUGCACAGCUGGAGGACACAGGGUGCUGGGGAAUCAACAGGAAUAAGAAAAUCUGGUGGAUCAUCCGAGGACCCAUGCUGCUUUGUGUAGCAGUCAAUUUCUUCAUCUUCCUGAAAAUUCUCAAGCUUCUCAUUUCUAAGCUCAAAGCCCAUCAAACGUGCUUCAGAGAUUAUAAAUACAGAUUGGCAAAGUCCACGCUGGUUCUCAUCCCUCUGUUGGGCGUUCACGAGAUCCUCUUCUCUUUUAUCACUGAUGAUCAAGUUCAAGGAUUUUCAAAACUUAUACGGCUCUUCGUUCAAUUGACUCUGAGCUCCUUCCAUGGACUGCUUGUGGCCUUGCAGUAUUGCUUUGCCAAUGGAGAGGUGAAGGCCGAGCUGCGGAGGCACUGGCUCCGCUUCCUGCUGGCCCACCACUCGGGCUGCAGAGCCUGGGCCCUGCAGAAGAACUUCCGAUUCCUGGGGAAGUGUCCCAAGAAGCUCUCCCAGGGAGGCAGUGCCAGGGCACUGCAGAAGCCGCUGUCCUCGCCCGGCAGUGGGCAGCUCCUGCAGCUGACCGUGCAGGGCCAGGGGGAGCAGGGUGCCCGGUCCCCCCGCGGCCACACAGCCUGGCGCUGGGGUGGCAGCCUGUCUGAGAGCAGCGAGGGGGACUUGACCCUGGCCCAUACCAUGGAGGAGAUUCUCGAAGAGAGUGAGAUGUAG